AUGUCCGAUCCGCUUUCCGUCGCGGGAAGCGCGGUCGGCAUCAUUUCGCUGGGCAUACAGGUCUGCCAGGGUCUGAUAUCAUACCUUCAAUCUUUUGAAGGUCAAGAUCAAGACAUACAGGAAAGCCUCAACGACGUUCAAACCGUCGUAUCAAUUCUAUACUCCCUGAAGGGCAUCUUGCCAAAGGUUGACAAAACCUCCUCUGAAACACCAGCUAUUCGUCGAUGCUUGGCCGAGGCUGAAGAAAAGCUUCGUGAACUCCAGCAAUUCUCGCUCAAACUUCGUGGCACGCAAGAUCCAGAGCGCGAUCUGCUGGGAAAGAUAGAUCAUGCCGGACGCGCACUAUUAUAUCCCUUUCGGGAAGGCAAACUGAAGUCACUCUGCCAGGCAUUAAAGGGUUUGCUUCAAAAUCUGAGUCUUGGUUUGAAUAUAACCUCACUGGACAUUGCAGUGAGAAUCCAGACUAAUGUUGAUAACCUUGGAAAUGCCUUCCAAGACCACGGCGCAAAUGUGGCCAAGCUCUCUGACCAACUUCAACUCCGGGAUAACAGCAUGGAAGUUUACUAUCAAGACUUGAAAACUGAAAUAUCUCAGGCUCAGCUAUUCGCGCAAGAAUUCCGACAAGAGAUUGGUGGGCAGCUAAGGCUCAUGAACACGGACAUUGGCUCUCUUAUGUCAAUCAAUCAACGCCACCAAGAAGAUAUCAACCAAUGUUUUAUGAAAGCUUUGGAUGAGCUAAAAGAAAAGAACAACUUUCAAAACGAAUUGAUACGAGCAACGCUGGGCAGACAUAUCAGAGAGCCUUUUUAUGACAACGCUGACAGAAUCUUCUUAAAGGGUAUGGAUAGAAUGUCUAUUCAGAACGCCAGGUCGAGACAAGCUUCCGCUCUUGCAAGAACAAGGGAUCCAAAGCGGUUGGCAAAAAACCCCCUUGACUGUACAUGCAAGCGGCAGCAUAAAGUUUCAGCAUUGUCCUAUCGAGUGUGGCAUGCUACGUUCGAGUAUGAACAGCAUAGUCCUGGUCAGCAUACACGUGGCUGCAGAUAUUUCGGAAUUGACCAGUCGACAAAAACAAUCGCCAGGGCACAGCUUCCAUUCAAACUCUGGUCUCUAUCUUCAAGACUCUUUCUCACAUGUAUCGAAUAUUCUCUCGGGACUACAACUCCUGGGAUGUCUAUUCGAUAUAAAAGUAUGGUCCCGAGAUCUCACAGUCUAGUCUAUGAUGUGUUGGAUGAGCUUUCCGAAUAUAUAAAAAGACGAUCAACGCGCUCCACAGCAAAUGAGAUCUCAUUGAGGUUUGCAGAAGCGGAGCAUGCGAUACUCUCUCUCUAUAGAGAUAGGAAGUCCUCUCCAUACGAUCAAGAUGAAAGUGGAAAAAGUCACGCUCUGCUAGCCCUGGAGAUAGCACUCGACGCAAUCAGAGACCGUCGGAUGCGUUCAGACAAAACCAUCGCUCAAUUAACUCUUGAUUCACUCGCGUUUUCGGCGAAGAGACUGAUCAAAACACUUGUUAGUGCUGCUGGCGACGAAAAUGGAAAAUUCCCAUCUAUGUUUUUCCCAGAACUUUUACUAGAUGAGUGCAGGAGCCUAGCUCGGUUUUGCCCAACAAUAUUUCAUAUGCGUUUGUCAGUCAUCGUAUCUUACGUAUGCCUCUUAGGGUAUCGGCCUAGGGAGAUAUGGCCUUUACUAGAUGGCGGUGAGCACAUUUUCGAUCUUCACCCAAUUAUGCAGGCAAUAUUUCAAGAAUCUGUCAACAUGCUUGACAUAGCUCUUACAAGGUCCCCAGAGGCCGUAACAGAGAAAAUACUCGGCAUGACGACUGUUCGACUCUGUGUAUGUUGGCCAGAGGGCCUUCGAAAGCUUCUGCACACCAACGCUGUUGACGUGCUGGAUGAAAGUGCUCUUGAAGUUGCUGUCAAUGCGGAUUGUAUCGAAUCCGUAGAUCUGCUAUUCAAAGCCGGAUGCCCAGUUAACUAUGGAGACAAAACAGAAAGUAUCUUUCAGAGAGCUUCUGAACUAUGCAUGGAUGUCAUUGCUUCGAACCUAGCUAGAAGAAGAUCAGAAUUGCUUUCUCUAGCGCAACAGCAGCAGGUUGUUUGCCAAGAUUUGGUACUUACCUCUGACAUCCCAGAUGACCAAGCAAGCUAUCUUUGUUCAUGCCUUGAUAAGUCUGGCAUCAGCAUUCCCCUAGCACUGAGAGUUCCAUCCUCCUAUACAACAAUCUACCACUUCCGAGGCACCUCAAUUUACCAUUAUCCUAUUCUUUUCAAAAAUGGGUUUACACAUCUAUCGGCGCCUAAUGCCUUUGGACUUUUACCGACCAUGACGCAGCAUCUGUUCCAUGAGUCCCGUCGGAUCGAGAUCGGUUAUGGAAAUGUUGUGGAGGGUAUGGAUUGGGUAAAAAGCCAAAGAAUAAUGGAACAGACACCAAAAGACCCCUUUAAUCUUGGACUUAAUAUCGGGGCUACUAGCUGGCAUUAUCUGUCGAGAUAUUGCUCUGAUUUUCAUCCCCCACUCAGAUGCUUUUACCCUGGAAACGCAAAGGGCGUCCUCGGGGUUCCGUUAUUUGACAACUGCCGAUGCUGGUGUACCCCCCCGGGCAAGGGAUGCACGCCAUUGACAACAGGUUUGAAGGCGUACGUCAAGGACUUCAAUAAACUAGAGUCAAAUGUCUUAUGCAGUUUCUUCCACACAGUCAUUCUAGACACCGAAGAAGGUGAUUCAUACAUAACAGGCUGGUGCAAUGAAGUUAUCCGAUUUUUAACUUUCGAGGCUCUAGAAAUGACCCAUACUUGCUGUCAAUUCACUGUCAUCGACAGGCCAGACAUAUCACCAGAUAAAUUUAAUUUGCUCAUGAAUUGUGACCCAAGAAAUUGGCAGAAGAUCAGAAGUGAUAAGCGUGAACAAGAGAACGCCGCCCUUCUGGAGCGCUUAAUGGGAGAAUUCAUAGCAUACAUGAUGCACAUGAGACUAUCUACAAGGUCUCUCGAGAUAUUCGUGAAUGGCUAUUGGCGGCAGCGCAUGUCGAAAAUCUAUGCUGUUGACUCCAACGAGAUCAAAGACAUACAGAAUUGCUUGGUCGGCAUUAAGACCCAAAGAUGUGCUACCAAACAGGGUUAG